AAUUUUUGACGUGUUUAUAUCUACCUAACCUCAAAAAAAAAAGAAAAGUACGAAAAGUUCCACUUUUAAAAUGGAAUGUCUCGUAGCGAACGUAGAAUCUAUUAAAUUUGAUAUUGAAAUAGCCCUAGAUGAACAAUAUGGUGCUUUACCUUUACCUUUUCAUGGAAUGGAUAAAUCAAUUGCUGCUGUUUGCCAAUUUUAUUCGUCCCCGAUGGGUUGCCCAAAAGGCCCCCAAUGCCCAUUCAGACACGUAAGAGGAGAUAGAACGAUUGUUUGUAAACAUUGGCUAAGAGGUUUAUGUAAAAAAGGGGAUCAAUGCGAAUUUUUACAUGAAUAUGAUAUGACGAAAAUGCCCGAGUGUUAUUUUUAUUCUCGCUUCAAUGCCUGUCACAACAAAGAGUGCCCCUUCUUACACAUUGACCCAGAAAGUAAAAUCAAAGAUUGUCCGUGGUAUGACCGCGGUUUUUGUAGGCACGGCCCCCAUUGCAGACAUCGACAUGUUCGAAGAGUUUUAUGUACAAAUUAUUUGGCUGGAUUUUGUUCUGAUGGAUCAUUGUGCAAAUAUAUGCAUCCAAGAUUCGAAUUACCCGCACCUCCAGAUCAAAAUAUGAAAGAUCAGAAGAAGCCUCCCGUUAUUAUUUGUCAUUUUUGUGGAGAACAUGGCCAUAAAGCCGUCCAUUGUAAUAAAAUUACCCCAGAACACAAUAAAGAUGAUGGGGAUCAUCGUAAUAAACAUAACGACGGUCAUGAUGGGCAACAAGGAGGUCAAUUAUUCACGAGGAUGAUGCCGAAAAAAUUGGAAGAUGUUACGUGUUACAAAUGUGGAACGAAAGGACAUUACGCAAAUCGUUGUCCGAAAGGGCAUUUAGCUUUUUUGUCACAAUCGAAAAAUAAUAGUAAUAAUAAUAAUCAAGAUAUGUUUUAAUGGAUAAUAAAGAAUUUUUUUUAAUUGAUA